GCGUGAGAGAGAGCGAGAGAGCAAGAGUGGAGGCGAUUUGAGUGAGCGACCCGCGGCGACAAGUGCGAAUUAAAUCGCCGAACAAGCGCUUAAAGGAAGACGACAUUACUCUUUCCUCCACCGGCCGCCCUUCCGCCAGAUGCGCUCUAUCCUCUCCUGUGUGUGUGUAUGUGUGGCUCUGUCUGUGAUCUCGUGCGCCGCAGCGUGCCAGCGUGCGUUAGCGAUUGGGGAUGAUGUGUGUUAGCAGGCACUUGUUCGCUCCCGUUCCGCAGAUAACGAAGAUGAUACACUUGUAUCGUCGCAUCGCUUCCCAGCCGGCCGCCCCCAAUUUCCCCUUGUUUCUUUCUCUGCUGUUGCUGUUGUUGUUGUUGUGCUGCUGCUAAAGGUUCAUCCUCACCCGGCAGCGCCGGUUGGAAACCGGGAGGGAAGAGAAUAAAGCAGAAAAUUAUAUACAUAUGAGAGUAGGGACAUUCAAAUCAAAAUCGUUUUUCCAAUUUCCCUCCUCGCUCUAGCCACUCCCGUCUACCAACCCCCCCGCCCCGGGCCCCAUUGGACCCGGUCAAUCAAAGAACUCCGUUUAACAAGCGCAAUAAAGCACUAACUACCACCACUGCCGAUAUACCGUUCGGCGGGGCAGGGCAGGGCAGCGAUGCGCUUGUAUGUACGACCGGCUAUCGUGCCAUCCUGCUUCCGCCUUUGCGCAACCUGUCGUCUUUGCGGCUCGCGUGUGCAUUGCUCUCGCGCGCCGCCUGCACACUCUCGCAGCGUACUCACACACCGAACCAAUCGGGCCAGCUUCGAGUUUCGCUCUCUCACUCACUCGCUCACUCACUCACUCGUGCGCUCGCUCGCCCUUUCGCUCUCUCGGCCACAUCUUCUCUCGCAGUUCAGCUCGGUGCGAAAUGGCCAGCACAUGGGCAGCUGUGCGAGCGAGAUGGAUAUCGUCGAUGGUGGUGAUGGUGGAGGGUGGCGGCAGCAGCAGUAAUAAUAUACGGCAUGAUGAUGGUGUGUUGGCUGUGUGUGCGCGCGAUGAAUAUGAAUGUAAUUCUAUGCUCCAUUAGUGCGCGCGGGGAGUCGAUUAUCUUUUACUGCCUUUUCCUUGAUGUGUGUUUGUUUCUCAAAUCAGACAAAUGGUUUCAGUUGUAAAUUGACAUUCGGAGUUUUUGUGUGCGUUAAUAGUCGAUAAAUUGACACGGAGCAGUGCGGGAGCAGUUUUUGAAACGCUGCGCCCCGAGAACGGUUUUUUCCCUUCUGGCUAUACUCGAGCGGACUGUGCCGUGUGCUGUGGUGUGUCGUGCUGUGUUACGUUUCGGUGAAUUUUCCCAACACGGGUUAGUGGCGGUAGUGGUUGGUGGUGGUGGAGGUACGGUGUAAUGACGACGGAGUGGAAACGUGUUUAUUUUAUAGCCAACGCGGGCAACAAGUGUACAAGUGCACGAAAGGGCUAGUGGCGAAGAAGCAAAACAACAACCAAAAAAAAAGAGUAAUAAAAAGGUGCCAUUUGUCAGUGACUCAAUCCUUCGCACAGGGCCAGUAAGAAAACAAAAAUCAUCCCUCCUCUCCUCACUCUUCAUCAGCGGCGGCGUGCCGAGCGGGCUUGACGAACGAUGGUGGCGUUUAGCGAUCGAUCGUUAAAAUAUUAAAACCGCGCGCACGCUUCACAUUACCACCACAACCACCACGGCUACGGAUAAGCUCUGCGAAAAACACGUGUUACGGGUAUUUGAUGUGAUUCGUACAUACGUCGAGCUUAAGAUUGAUUGAAACCUGUGCGCCCCUCCCGCUCCCAGGCCCAGUGAACUAAAAAUGACCCAAGCGGAAGAGGUUCUAGAGGUGAAGAAUCUCUACCACAGCAACGUGCCGGAUGAUCAGCAUUCACCGAACCACAGUGACAAAGAGCACCAGCAGCAACCGCCCAGCAACAAUGAGUCAAACAAUCACAAUCCACCACGAUCCGUAUCGGUGGACAGGAUCUUGAAAAAUGGUGACCACAACGACGACACGGCCGAGGAUCACGACAUCAACCGAAGUAUCCCGCUCGCGCACAGCAAAGCACCGAGCGAUGAGUGGACAAAACAAACCCAGUGGCAUCCACACGUGUACGCGAACCCACCGAAGCAGCCACCGACACCGCACUCCAUCAUGGACAUUCUGGGGUGGAAGGGAACGGGCGUCGCUGCUGUUGGGACGCAAAAUUCCCAUGUCCCAGUGCGGGAAGACAAUCACACCAAACUACCGUACCGCAGUCUCUUCGACGCAGCCAGCAAAGAGGAAUGCCGUGAUGACGUUUCAUCCGCCUAUUACCGUCCAACCGAUGUCGAGGAGCAGCAGCAGCAGCAGCGAUCGAUAGUCGAGGACGAGGACAACAUUACCGUCGAUCAGGACGAUGACAGCGAUGAGGAGGAGAUCGAAGAGAAGCGGCCCAAUGUGGUCGAACGGACGCGCCCCAUGAGUCCCAACGAUGAACCGCUCAAUCUGUGCAUAGUGAAACACACCUCGUCGGCGGAUGUAACGCCUCCUGUGCGUAGAAAAACGCCCAGCUUAGGUCGGAAUUCAUUGGAACGUUUUCACGAGCGAAAAAUUAUGUCCGAAGAAGACUCCACGCAAGAAUCGACACGAUCCUCCUCGGUGCACUACCAUCAGCGACACACGCCGGCCCAUCUUACGCCGGCCCACCACCAGCAACGGCCGCGGAGCGUUGUGCCACCUCCAGCACUGGCCCACUCGAGCGAUGCCGACUCGGACAUCUGCAUGUCGAACGAUGACUCCUCGACGGCCGACGGCCACUUUAGCGCGGUCAGCGAUGCUGUCGCCUCGGCCACAAUGACCAUGUCGACGCUGUUUUCGCUGCCGAAGCCGGCGGGCGUGCCGUCGAACGGUGUGACCGCCGGCGCCGUGCUGACCGAGGAGGAAACGACCACCACCAGCGUCCCUAGUCACCAUCGGCGCAAGAAGAAGGCCCGCACCACCUUCACCGGGCGCCAGAUCUUCGAGCUGGAGAAACAGUUCGAGGUGAAGAAGUACCUUUCGUCGAACGAGCGGACGGAAAUGGCCAAGCUGUUGAACGUUACGGAAACACAGGUAAAAAUAUGGUUUCAAAACCGGCGCACCAAGUGGAAAAAGCAGGACACGGCGGGCAGUGGCGAGGUGCCAGCCUCAUCCGGCGGUCAUGCGAUCCCCUCCUCCCCGUCGCCCCAUUCGCCGAAGGAUGCAACCAAAGGGAUCAGCAGCGGCAGCAACAGCAGCAGCAGCAGUGGCCGGCCACUGUCGAAUGCUGCCGUCGCCUCCAAACUGUCCGCCACGGAGCUCCCGGCACAUGGGCCAGCCUGGGUGAACGAGCUAGAAAGUGGACGACCACCGCCACCACCACCGGCACCGGCCGCUUCGCAGCUGGGCAAAUCACGUGCGUACGCCAAAGCCAGUACCGCUGUAAGAAAAGGCAAACAACACCCGGAGCGACAUCUAUCGGUGGGGACCAGCGACCGACGAAGCGGGUCGUCGAGCAGUAGCGGCACCGCGAUGUCGAGCAGCCGAAGCAAUAGCGCCGCCGCCGCCGCCACAACCACCACAACCGUCGAACAUCCCGGCCAACAAAUGGCACAGUCGGCAUGAUGUCGCAGCAAGCAGCCAGCCACGACCGCCCGGCGGAAACGCGGCAGGAAACCGUGUGCACCGCGUGCGCGCAUCCGUUAACUUCCCUCUUUUUGGCGUGCUCCUUCUCCCGCUGCAUGCUUGCACGUAUCCCAGUUUGGCCCGCUCUGCCGCCGAAGUAUGUUAGUUUUCCUUGUGUGCCAUUUGUGUGGGACGGAAACGGUAAUUGGGAUGCUUCUUGGCGUGUGUUUUUUUUUACCCUCAGCAGACUGCAGGAAAGUAGGAGCCGAUAUUGCACGCGCAAAGCGUUGUGUUUGUGCACGCACCAGAGUGUGUGCUUUCUUGAACUUUAUUUUCGUGAACGAAAAAAUGCAUUAGAAGUAGGUUAGAAACAAACGCUACACGCUCUUGUGCAGGCGCGUGCACACACAAACCAGUAGGAAAGAAAAAAGGAAUAAAAAAAAAACAAUUGAAUUCGGCGAAAAAUAGAGAAGGAAGAAAAAUGAUACGAAUUUUAUAUUAAGACCAAAGUAGAAAGUUUAUGCAAUUAAGGUAAAACAAAACGAAGAAGAAGAAGAUGAAGAAUUUAGACUGCUUGUCGAUCGGAACUAAUCCAAACAAAGUGAAGAGAGAAAUAAAAACAAAACACAUUUAAACCA